GCAGCUGAUAUGUUAUAUUGAAAUAAAAAUCGUCUUUCUAAUCUGUGUCUGUCUAUCCGCAGCAGCAGAUGUUUACUUAGAGGAUAGGGGACGGUACGCUCUUUAUCCUAGACUAAGGAUUUGUAAACGGAAUUGGAGUGAGGACGGACUGUAUAGGAUUGCGGGUUUUCGUGCGUCCUAGCUGAUGGUUAUGGAACUAUUGGAUUAGGAAAGGCUGGGGGUGCCUGCUGCGGUCCAGAGAAUGAGUGGCACUGCACCGGGCGCGAGCGCAGCGCCCUGCCGUUUUGCGCACUACUUUGUGAUUUGCGGUAUUGAGCCUGAUAGUGGACUCGAGGCUGACGAGCUGACUGCACUGUACCGAUGGCUUGAAGCUGACCUACAUGGUAGGAGUCACAGUACCACGAACCAAGCCUCAGGAGAAAACUUUGAUCAGAGUCCUUUGAGAAGAAACUUCAAAUCCAAAGUUCUGGCACAUUAUCCGCAGAAUGUGGAAUGGAAUCCAUUUGACCAAGAUGCAGUCAACAUGCUUUGUAUGCCAAAAGGGCUGUCCUUCAGAACUCAGGCUGACAACAGAGACCCUCAGUUUCACUCCUUCAUCAUCACUCGAGAAGAUGGCUCUCGGACAUAUGGAUUUGUCCUGACCUUUUACGAGGAGGUUACCUGCAAGCAGAUCUGCACAGCAAUGCAGACCCUUUACCAAAUGCACAAUGCCGAGCAAUAUAGCAGUGUUUGUGCAUCAUCUUCCUGCAGUAUGGACUCGCUAGCAAGUAGCAGUGAUGAAGGAGAUGCUACCUCACUGUCCAAGCUUCACCGUUAUGACACUUAUGACAUCAGCAAAGAUACCUUAUAUGUUUCCAAGAGUAUUUGUCUAAUUACCCCACUGCCCUUCACACAGGCAUGUAAGAGAUACCUUACUCAGUUUUAUACAGCCAUAACCUCCCAACAACCACCUCCUUUGCCUUUAGAAAGCUAUAUCUACAAUAUACUGUAUGAAGUACCUCUUCCUCCCCCUGGUAGAUCAUUGAAGUUCUACGGGGUUUAUGAUUCUAUCAUCUGCCAGCGACCAGGGCCACAUGAGCUGCCUUUGCUAGAUUUUUCUCUGAGAGAAUUGUUUGAACAACUAGGACUGGAUCAUAUCAUUCAGCUUUUUACUUGUGUCUUACUGGAAAUGCAAAUUCUCCUCUACUCGCAAGAUUGCCAGCGUCUGAUGACUGUAGCAGACUGUAUCACGGCUCUACUUUUCCCAUUUCAGUGGCAACAUGUCUAUGUUCCAAUUCUCCCAGCUUCACUCAUUCAUUUCCUUGAUGCUCCUGUCCCAUAUCUUAUGGGCCUGCAGUCAAAAGAGGGAACUGACCGCUCGAAGCUUGAACUUCCACAGGAAGCUAAUUUGUGUUUUGUGGACAUUGACAACCAUUUCAUUGAGCUGCCCGAGGACUUUCCUCAGUUUCCUAACCAGUUGGGAUUGGUCCGAGAGAUUGCUGAAGUCCUUCUUGAGUUUGGAAUCAGUUCACCAGGUAGCCAACGUGACAGUGAGAACAGCACAAAACUGAAGAACCUGGUACUGGAUGAGCUUGUCAAUGACAAAAAGAAUGGAAAUAUCCCCAGUAACACCAUAAACAUGUUCGAGCUUCUCAAGGGGAAUGAAACUAUUGCCCGUCUUCAGGCAUUAGCAAAGAGGACAGGGGUAGUAGUGGAAACCAUGGAAAUUGGCUCACCAACUGUAAAUGAUGAAAAGGAUUCUAAACUGUGGUUCAGAAAGGAGGAGAUGCAGGACUAUAAGCUGAAUGUUCAGAUCCGUGAAAUCUUUGCUAAUCAUUUCACGGUGAUGUUUGCAGAAUAUGAGUCCUUCAUUAUUCAUUCAGCGCACGAUCUGGAAUCAUGGCUCACCAAUCGAGAACAAAUGCAAAACUUCGAUAAAGCUUCUUUUCUUUCAGAUCAACCAGAACCCUACCUCCCUUUUCUCUCCCAUUUCAUCGAAACUCAGAUGUUUGCAACAUUCAUAGAUAACAAGAUCAUGUCUCAGUGGGAGGAGAAGGACCCUUUGCUCAAAGUGUUUGAUUCGCGCCUUGAAAAGAUGAGGCUGUACAAUGUUAGGGCACCCUCACUAUGGAGCCCUUUAUACCAGAAGUGUUCUAUACUGAAAGAAUCAGCCCAGGCAGUUGAACAGCGAUUAGCAAAAAUUGAUCACACAGCCAUCCACCCACAUUUGCUGGAUAUGAAGAUUGGACAAGGCAAAUAUGAACAAGGGUUCUUGCCGAAGCUACAGUCAGAUGUGCUGUCAUCAGGGCCCACAAACAACAAUAGAUGGGCAAGUCGCAAUUCCACAACACAGCGCAGAAAAGACAGAGUUCGGCAGCAUUCAGAGCAUCUUGGGCUGGAUUCUGAUUUGAGAGAGCCAUCAGGAGAGCCUUUUGUCUGGCAGAACUCCAUGGCAUUCUGGGAGUGGGAUCAGGGUCCUCCCCCACCUGUACGACCUCCUAAAAAAUCAUUCUCUGAGUGCUGUCUGAAAUACAUGCAAGAGGCAAGAAGUCUUGGAAAGAAUUUGCGGCAGCCCAAACUCUCUGAUCUCUCACCUGCAGUCAUUGCACAGACAAACUGGAAAUUCGUGGAAGGACUUUUGAAGGAAUGCCGAAUGAAGACAAAGAGAAUGUUGGUAGACAAGAUGGGGAAUGAAGCUGUUGAGUUGGGACAUGGAGAGGUGAACAUCACAGGCCUAGAAGAAAACACUCUAAUAGCUAGUUUGUGUGACCUGCUGGAGAGAAUAUGGAGCCAUGGUCUUCAGGUCAAACAGGGGAAGUCUGCAUUAUGGUCACAUCUACAUCAAUACCAGGAGUGGGAAAAGAAGCAAGAACAGAUUAUAGAAUCCCCAGUUGCUGCUGGUGCAGAGAGGAGGAGGUCUGAUACUGCAAUGAGUUUACCACUUCUAAGGGUCUCUCUGGUUCAGGACAUGAGACAUAUCCAGAACAUGAGUGAGAUAAAGACAGAUGUUGGUCGAGCAAGAGCCUGGAUCCGUCUGUCACUGGAAAAGAAGCUUUUAUCACAGCACCUCAAGCAACUCCUUUGCUAUCAGGGUCUCACAAAGAAGCUGUACAAACGUUAUGCUUUUCUUCGGUGUGAGGAUGAGAAGGAACAGUUUCUCUUUCAUCUUCUCUCACUUAAUGCAGUGGACUAUUUCUGCUUCACAAAUGUCUUCACAACUAUUAUAAUCCCUUAUAGGUCAAUGAUAAUCCCCAUCAAAAAGCUCAGCAAUGCCAUCACCACCUCAAACCUGUGGAUCUGUGUCUCAGGCGAACUUGGAGACAGUGGAGUGAUGCAGAUACCAAAGAACAGUCUUGAAAUGACCUUUGAGUGCCAAAAUCUGGGAAAGCUGACAACUGUUCAAAUUGGACAUGAUAAUUCGGGACUGCUAGCCAACUGGCUUGUUGACUGUGUGAUGGUCAGAAAUGAAAUUACAGGACACACAUACAGAUUUCCUUGUGGUCGUUGGUUAGGAAAAGGUGUUGAUGAUGGAAGUUUGGAAAGGAUUCUUAUCGGGGAAUUAUUAACUUUUGUCUCAGAAGAUGAUCUUGGAAAGCAGAGUCGAACACCACCUCAGCAGAAAUCUCCAACUAUGACCCGCCGAUUGAGCCUUCCAUCCCUUGGAGGAAAAUCCCUUACAAAACCAAAUGCUGGACAGAUCCAAGAAGGUAUUGGGGAAGCAGUGAAUAACAUUGUGAAACACUUCCAUAAGCCUGAGAAAGAGAGGGGAAACCUCACAGUUCUUCUCUGUGGAGAAUAUGGUCUUGUGUCUGCACUUGAACAAGUAUUCCAUCAUGGUUUCAAAUCAUCACGUAUAUUUCAGAAAAACAUCUUUAUCUGGGACUUCAUAGAGAGUGCUGUUGCCUAUUUUGAAACAACUGAUCAGAUAGGAACAGAAGGGGACUCUUUACUGAGAUUAUCUGCCUAUAAGACCCUCUGUCAUUAUGUCAAUGCUAUUAAUACAGCACCAAGAAAUAUCGGCAAAGAUGGGAAGUUUCAACUGCUUGUCUGCCUUGGCACUAGGGAUCGCUUGCUACCACAGUGGAUUUCAGCACUUGCUGAAUGCCCUACUAUUACCAGAAUGUAUGAAGAGACAGCACUGCUUAGAGACCAUAUUGUGGCGAAUUCACUCAUUCGAGUCCUGCAGAUUUUAGAGGAAUUCAACAUCACCCUGGAAUCAUCUCUGGCAAAAGGGAUUGGAAUCUAAUGAACUUCAUAAAAACUGAUUUCUUUAUUGUGAAAAUUUUAAAAACUGCAAAUAAAAUUGAGAGGGUCCAUUUCAGGCCUAAACACUGCUACUUGUGCAACACUGUAAACCACUAGACCACUGCCCUGGCAUAGAAUAGGUCACAUGACUCUUCUGAGAAAACUGCCACAGAGCAAGUGUAAGAACUGGACAUAGUAAUCUAGCAUAUUCGAAGUUAAAGUUUAGUAAACCAUACAAUAUUGCUGUAUGUAAGUUGAGUGUAAAUAUUCUGCCUUUUUAAAGUGUUAUUAACUCUGCAAGUAUGAUUUUACCAAAAUGAAUGUUUAUGCAUUGGAAAGAAUAGUAUUAGCCCAUACAGUCUGGGUAUUGCUAAGGAACAAGAAGCAGGGACGUGUGUACAUAUAAUGAGGUACCAAUCUACUGAGUUUAUUUUUAGGUACUCUUAAAAAGCAAAAAUGGCUAUUAGAGUCUAAUGAUGCUACCAUUUCUUUGUGGUUGUGUAGAUUCUGCACAUUAGGUUUUCUUAAUUAUUCCUGUAGAUUUUUACUGUUUAAAUGUAUGUACAGUGACUUUUCUUUUAGUUUUUUUUUUUUAUUUAUGCAUAUCGCUGUUGGCAGACAUGCACUGAGAAAUAUAUGUUUGACUCUGGAUCUGGUAAGCUUCUGUGUGACCUUGUGGGCAGACCAAGGCCGCAGGCAUGAUAGCUUGUGCAAUCUAGAAUGAUUUUUUCUAGUGCUGCAGUCAGAUAUAGCAACAGUGUUAACAUUAGAGCAAAGUUGCUCAGCUACUCAAAUCUUUGUCAGUUAGUACUGUUUAAGAAAUAUUUCUGUAGAGCGGUUUGUCUGAAUAUUUGUUUAUUUUACAUUUGUUUUAAUUUGAGUUUACAAGGAAAAAUAGCUAAUUCUUUGUGGUUGUAUUAGUGUUUGAUCAAAGAACUGUUUCUUCUCCCUUGGUCCUUGACAGGUUGUUUAGACCUAGGGCAAUGUUCUGCCUCAUCUGGUAUAUGAAAGAAUGUUGUAAACAGAAGCACAGUGUCAGUUUUACUCAAAAGUAUUAUACAUUGGUGAGGCUAUAGGUUUUCUACAAGGCCAAGGAACCUUACUCCAUUUCUCCCAGAAAAGGAAAGAAAGAACAGAUGCUGACUCAUUCCACAGUUGUAAUAGUAUAAUGAUAGAGCUGAGAAUGGAGAAGCAUGGUGAUAAGCAAAUAACAAAAGACAUUUAUUGAAAGGAAAAGUGUUACAAUACAAAUGAAGCACAUACAGCACAUGUUGAAUGGGACUGUGUUUGUCAACGCUGUUACAUUGCCAAAAAUGUACAUUCUUUUGUUGAGGAAGCAUCUCAGUCAUUUCAGCUCUUUUGAUGACGGAAAGAAAAUAAGUAGCUGAGUUAUUGUGAUGCCCAGGUUGUCCUGGACAGAAACAUCAUGUUAAUUGGCAAAAUUACCUAGCAGACACCUGUGAAUUAUGUGGUAAAAGAGGUAGUCACACAGAAUCUCAUGUAAAUUUAUAAAUGCCUCAUAUAAGUGCAACUAAAAUUUUACCUUAAGAAAUGAGCAUGUUUAAAUACAGGGUGUGGUGAAUAAGAUCAGGUAUGUCUCACAACACAAAAUAAUACACGCACACUUUUGGUUAUGGUAUAAUUUCUGUGCAACUUAUUCGUUGCUGGGGUGUAAACAUAGGCUAGUCAAAUAAAGCACUCUGAAUUUAACUUAGUUGCUUGAUAUUUCAAGGACCACUGUGGCCUAAAUACAUUUUCCUCCCCUAAGAAACUUUUACAUUUGAAAAAGCAUAACUUAUCAGUUUCAACCCUUCGUAUGGAAUUUUUAUCCUAGUGACCUUCCUCUGUGCACACCAUUUUGGAAAUGAAUAACAUUUCAUGAUGUAUGUCUUUUUAGGAAUUAGCAUAAUUUUGCCUGUCACAUGUGAAUGCCCCCCCCCCCCCCAAAAGGAAAGAAUACAAGCACAGCUGUGUACUGGUCACUGUUUUAUGUCAAACCUACUGAGGUCAUAAAGCUGUUAAAACUCAACAUAUGUAAAACUGCUUUCUUUCCCUUCCCUGGAGCCAUAAACCAUUUAAGCAUCUUGUACUUUGAAGGUGUCUAAAUCUGAUAACCACUGACAGCAAUUUCACUUAUUAGCUGAGAUUUGCAAGCCAUGAAAUAAUAUACCUUGGGUGACUCAAGGAAGAAAAACAGGACCUGAAACCCCAAAAAUAUCAUUUUUAAAAAGGCUGUAUUAUUGCAUAUAUUUAUUUAUCCUUUUAUAACUUUUUACAGAGGUGUUCUAACAAGUUUUUCACAAAUGUAUAUGCAAGAUUCACUGCAAAAAAAAAACUCACAGAUAUUUUUUUCUGAUUAUUCUAAAACUUGACAGUAUUUCUCACUAGUCCAAUUUUAAGUUAAUGAGACUGUAUCCUACCAAGACAAUACAGGGCACUGAAAUCUUAUUGCCUGUGCCCUCACAGUGUUGUAUGGGAAAGAAGUAUCUUUCCAAGAAAAUUAGAUUUGUCAGCAUGUCUGCCCCCACGAUGGCACACUGUUCUUUCCAAGAAAAUGAGCUUUGUCAGCAUGUCUGCCCCCACGAUGGCACACUGUUUUAGGAAAAAACAAAGUGUAGUAGUAAGUAGUUAUUGUGCUGCUGGCAAAUUUGGACUUUCUGGAACUGCACGACAAGAUUUUAUUUUUCAUUUUUAUGCCUGUAGUGAUACUCUAGUUGUCAGCAUUCUGACAGGCUUGCUGUUGUGCCAGAAGCAGCUGUGUGCUGUUAGGGCAUGAAUAUUUAUAAGUGUAAAUUUGAUGACACAUCAUUGUAUAGAUCUGGUUUUACUAAGCAAAUACAUAAUUUCUGCAAAUAUGUAUUUGCCUGGAAUUGUUUAUUGGUGUAAAAAAGCAUGUGGCUAUAGGUAGGGUACAUUACCCUUAGGUUAAGUGCAGACUACUGAUGAUUUGGUGUUUCAGCCACUCUAAUGAUUAUAUGACUUAUAAUUGUAAAGCAAAUUCUACAAGCAUUGUUAGUGCUCCAUUUUGAACAAAACUUUCACAAAAUCCAGUGAUUACAUUCAUUAAAAGAAAGCAGGAGAUUGUUUUAACUGAACUUGAUAUUGUGGAGCUGUAUUUAAGAAAAUAAAAGGCAAAACAGAUAUAUGUUCAGGUUAAAUAUGUAUAUCCAUGUCUUUUGUCUUUAAUGUACAAGAUAUAUGGCUACUAUCAUUAUGGAGAAGUCACCCCCCCAAUAAAAAGAAUAAUUGUCAA